AUGGACGGUGCGGGACGCCACACCUUCGGUAUCCCCGCAACAUGUCCAUUUACGAUCCAAGAGAUCCGACUCAAUGGAAUCACAGGGUCGAACACAUAUCUCAUCCGAGAGCGUGACGAGUAUGGAGAGUUUCCCCAUAUUUACGCGAAGUUAUGCAGUGCGCCUGGAUCGUCUACCUCGCCCGACGAGUACGUCUACCGCCAUGACAGCUACUCGCGCUACUUGAAGGAUGGAGAUUUCGAGAACAAGCCUCACAAAAGCUCCAAGGUGAUCGUCCUUAGCGACUCGGGAUGUGGGACUGAGGUUCCGAAUGCCUCCACUGGCAGCUCGAGCCUCUCAUAUCCUCCUGCUUACGAUGAUCGUCAAAGGCCGUACACGGUGCGCGCUCGACCCGAAGUAUGGAAUAUAGGGACUUUUCUCGAGUACACGAUCAAUCCAGGCGGACGGAUCCCCUACUUGGUCAUGACCACGCAUUGCCAUUACGAUCACAUCAUGGGGAUCGGGAAGUUACUUUCUUCGUCCACUUCUACUACUGUCUUGACGUCUUCGCACGCCAAAACGUUCGUCUCUCCGUAUGCCAACCUACAGAAGCACAGCCUCUGCAAUACACUCAACCUCGACGCCCCCAAGUACGAUGUGGGCCUCUGGGCGGACGACCUCUCCCGCGUUGCAUACACUCCUGGACUGGAUCCCUCUCCACACUCCGGGGGUAAUACAAUCCCCACGCCUUUCACUAUUUUGCAUACUCCAGGCCAUACCCCGGACUCCCUCUCUUGGUAUGAUAGUGAACUCCGCCUCCUAUGUGUCGGGGACAGUUUCUACGCCAAGGAAACAAGUACCACGAGAGACGCGACAUGGGGUCACGAACCAGCCAUGCCGGUCAUGUUCAGUCUGGAGAGUGACCUGAAGGACUGGUGGAGGAGUCUGGAUAAAGUGCUUCAAUUCGUGAGGAAAAAGAAUAAGGAAGUUGGGGGCAACGCCCAGGGUGAGUCCGAGGGAGAUAUGGGAGAGCGAUCAGAUUCACCGACGCAUGGGCACAAAAGUGAUCUCCAAAAGAACAAGGACGGCGAAAUCGAGGACGAGGGAUUCGUCCUCAUCAAUGUCGACAAUGCCGCCAGGGAUACAGAUGACAUAAACGCCCUGGUAACAAAGACAAAGCACUUAUCUCUAGCGUCCAGUACCGCUACCGCCGCCGCUGCAACGAAAUCUGCUACGGCGGUAAAGUCACAGAAACAAACCGGCUUCGACAAUCUUCCUAGGUCCGAAAAAAGCUUCGCCGUCUGGCCCACGACAUCCACAAAUUCCUUGUUGAAACCAACAAUCCUGCCCACCUCAGCAGCUAACAAAGGUGGCUUUCCACCCGGCGCACUACCCUUCUCGCCCAGUGGACUGAACCCGGACCCAUGGAUGCUCGUCGUCAACCGACACGGACCCUUACCUUGGCCAACUACUUCACCUCCGCAUCCGCCUUUCCCCGAUCGGCAGCUCUCUUCCCCGAACCAGCUCACCACCACGCUAGAUUCUUCUUCUUCUCAUGGCCAGCGUCAACGCAAGCCUUGCGCCCCCUCCGCGUCGAACACAGGCCCACUACCCCGCGUCAAGCUCUGUGCCGCCCACACGACAUUAUCCCUAGACGCAGAGCACGCGCUCGUCUCGAUGCGAGGAUUCCUCCUCCGCGUCUUGAAGGGCGAAGUCCCCUGCCAGCGCGUCGAGGAUGGUCCUCACGGCGAGGAGCGGUGGCUGUGGGAUUCUGCGAUACCGGCUUCCGAGGACGACGUGGCGCGAAGACCGCUGCCUCCUACCGCUCGGGCGUGGGGAUAUUGGGUUGCUGAAUCCCCCGCGGAGGUGGCGCGGAGAGAAGUGGACAAGAGGGAUGUGGAUGUGGAGAUGGCAGGACGCGCACAGGGACGAAGGCACCAAGAACAAGCGAAGCACAUGUAUAGUGUGCUUGCGCCGUUGAGGGUGAUUGAGGCGGGUAGGAAACAGAUUCUGGAACUGGACUAUGGCGGCACGAGGAGGCCCGCUGGGGUGGUGUAG